UAGCAAAAUGAUGAAAUUAUUAAGUUUCUUUGCUGUCUGUUUGAGUUUUCAUUUAAAUGUAGUUUUGGCCACAAAGUUUUAUAGAGAAAAUUUGGGAUUCAAUCAGCCAUCGUUUUGGGUGGAGGAUUAUAAGCCCUGCCAAAUGGAUGUCAUGGUAUUUCCAGAGCAUUAUCCAGCUGUAUUGUCCUUGCCCCAGAAUAUUUCAAGUGGAGGAUUUAUUUUGCCCCUUGAUGGAGCCAUUUUAAUGAAUGAGGAGGCCACAAUUCAAUUGAGUGCUGGACAGGAUCAGAGGCACAAAGAUGCCUCGUGUGAAAGUGAUGAGGGACAUGCGUAUUUACAGUCGCCCACAAUUAGAAAAUGGUUUGAUCCCAACACUUGGUCAGCUGUGGCUGGUGGUUCUCCAUUAGCCAGUCCCAUGCCCGAAUUGGAACGUAUUCCUUGUGAUGAUGAGCCGGUAAUUAUACGCGGCACAGGAUCACUUUCAUUUGACUUGGAAAAUAUUGAAGAUUUGCGUAUGGGCCAAUUAUUUUUGGCUGGCUCUUCCAUUUCCAAAAUGUAUUUGGAAGAACUGUUAACCCGAGAUUUGGGUCAAUUGCUCUUCCAUAAUGCUGAGAAUGUCCGCGUGGAAUAUUAUCGCGGAGAACUGUGUGGAUGCCAUAAGAAUUUUGAUCGUCUGAUCGAGCCCGUGUGUCACAAUGUCGAGGAGCAAUGUGAGCCACCGCAUUGCCUAUCCCCGGUGCUUCCCUAUGGCUCGUGCUGUUUCAUUUGUGGUGCCAUCAUGACCACGCCCAGUUCAUAUUGCCCAGAGGCGGAUCGCAAGAGUCUUCUAGAUUAUCUGAAUCAGUACAGUGAUGAUGAGAAUGUGAAUGUAUAUGUGGACUAUGUGGGCUCUGAUAAUUUUGGCAACUUUCUACAGACAAUUAUCACAGAUCGGGGCGUAUUCCAUGGCCAAAGUGUGGACUUUAUGCAACGUCUGCUGGAGCAUCAUAAUGAUAGCCAAGUAGUGGCCAAAUAUGCCUCUGAAUCGAGAUUCAAGUACGCUGGAAAUCCGCAUAAUCCAAAUGUCAGUUUCGCCUCAGUUCUGCUCAUUCUCUUCUGUAUGGCUUUGGUUGGUGUGGUGGCCAUAAUUAUGUUGGCCCAUUAUAUGCCCGAGAAUCCAUAUCUGAAUCGCAUACCUCAAUGGAUACAUGAUCCGCGACGUUGGAGAUGGCAUCAUUUGGGUCUGCGCUUACGUAGACAAUUGCAAUUCAAUCGUCUUGAUAAUUCCGGCUCCAGAAGGGGCGUCAGUGGUGUCGAGCCAUUGUCUGUGCUAAGCUAUGAUGCAGAGAGCGGAGUGGUACGGGAACGUGCCUUCGAUAAUCCCAUGUUUGAGCAGGAACCCACACAACAUCGGACACAAGAAGAGGUGGGCGGAAUGGGUGGUGCCAUGACAGAGGAUUCAAUGCACAAAUCAGAAAUGAGGCCUGCACCGAAAGUGGAAACUGGCGAGCUAGACAAUUGCAGCUUGGAUGCCGAGGAACAGGAAUUGGCUGAAAUCAAUUUGGAUUCAUCUGAAGCGGAAAGCGAAGGAGAAGCCGAAACCAAAGAAUAAACUAUAUAAAUAUCUCCACAGGAUGCUUCUCUCACAUUCACAAUGGUUCUCCAUAUGCACAGUGGUCUUGAAAUUAUUGCAGACUAUUAAUAAUAUAAAAUUAUUAUUUGAGGUAUAAAUAAAAUAAUU